UGCUGUGUGGACGAGGAGCACGGAGGGACAGAAUGCCACGCUGAUAAACGUGUGUUUGCAUGAGUGCAAGUUUGCAUCCCCUGCAUCUAUGGCUGAAAAUCCAGAAGACCCCCUGGCGCUAUUGGAGAUACUUGAGGUUUUGGGGGCCUGCCGUCAGAGUGUGUCCUACGCUGAUAUCUGCGUGUAUCUAAGUGGACGCUUCAGUCUGCAACCCCUUCUAGACUUACGGAGUCUCCUCUAUUCCACCGCCUGUAGAGAUCCCUGUUUCCCGGCCACCCUGUUCCGAGAGCGCCUGCACCCGCCCUGCAGCAACCGGCUCUCUGCGGCCGCAGAUGUUGUGUCUCUGUUCAACCUCUUAAUGCACACACGCAUGGCCCCUACAUACACGAAUGUUCAGUCUCUGACACCCUGUCAGGUCUGUGGGAAGGGAUUCGUGCGUUAUGACUGGCCGGCCGCCUUGCCCGUCACAGGAGGAGGGAGUGUCUCUGCGGACUGUAAAUAUGAGAACCUCCCUUGUGAGGCAUUCAGUCUUAACGCAGAGGCUUCCCGCACGCAGACCGCCUCUGAAUUGCUUGCUUACCCUCACUCUUACGUCCAAGGCAGCAUGCAGGAUACUCAUUCUGUGGAUGCGUCCGGUGAUGUUCUCAAUCAGGAGGCAGGGAAGACGUCGGCGGCCAAUCAGGAAGCCCAUUUUGCUCGUUCCUGCUCUCAGAAGAGGAGUGCAUUUAAAGGGGGCCACAAGUUGGUGCCACUUAUCUCCGUGGAACACGUUGGCCAAUCAGAGCAAAGCCCAAGAGAGGAUGGUGAGGAUGUGCAUUAUAUUUCUCAAAAGAACCCCUAUCCAGACCCCGCAACAUAUGCCAACUCAAAUUCGCUGUGUCUGCAUGAUCCGUCAUACAUCUAUGCAUCACAAUCCUUUGAUGCGUCAACACAUUCGAACGCAUCGGAUGCAUACGACGACACUGACGCUUCGAACCCGUACAGUCCUGAUCAGAUUCACUGGCAUCAGAAAAAGCAUGAGAGUUUGGAUGAACUACAAACAUCUACCUACUUCGGGCCUUCGGUCUCCUUCGAAAAGCAGCAGACCCCAGCUCUGCACAUCAAGAGCCACAGCUUGGACAUCGAUAGCAGAACUGCCGAUGAAAGAUCUGAACAAGAACCCUCCGGGCUGCAGAAGCCCAAAUCGGAGCGGUCUGUGUUGGAAAUGUCUGGAUUGAGAAAACCAGGAGUUUUUCAACUAAGUUUCGACGGCUCGAGCCUUGACAUUCCCGGCUUUGACCCUCGCAUCAUCAGCUCUGUUCGGGACACCUUCAAGCGCUUGAGCGGCAUGAGUUUGGAUGCCUGGUACGACUGGUCACCGACCGCGGAGGGGGUGGCUAACGCGGGCACCCAAACGGAAACUACGGACCGGCGUGCUUUGCGAAGCCUCAUGCUUAGCGAAAGGCUCUCCAUUGACAACCCCGACAUUGGUGAGGACGACAUCAGCGCUAUCUUCCGGUUCCUGGAUGAUAUCAGCAUGUGUGGCUCCAUGGCGGUCCUGCCAGGGGAAGGGGGUGGAGGUGCCCAAGAUGGGGGGGGAGUCGGUCUGCCGGAGAGGCGUGAACGCUUGGGAAAAUUGCGCCGGUUGUUUCACUCUAUGGAAGCACCUGAGGAGGGCGUGCGAUGGGGCGUGGGCCGCCUGCUCCAACGGGUCGCAGAGCUGGAGCAACAGCUGGAGCCCAUCGCAGAGCUACGGAAUCAACUUGAUCUUGUGCUCUCCACGCUGGACCGACUUGAACAGCGCGAGCCGUCCGUGUGCCCACACCCUCAUCAAAUACAGUACCUGCACCCCACUCCGCAGACCAGUAUACAGUCACAGGGAUCUCCGAGGGUCAGCCUGGGGACUGAGGGGUCCAAUGAGGCUGCGGCCAAGCGUAGACGCCUUUUUGUUCGCAGGGCGUCCAAAGCUCCCACGGAAAGCAGCUCUUGCUCUGAAGCUCACAGAGAGUGGAGCAUCAGCUUCACCAAAGAGCAACAGAUACAGCCUUCCAAGUCAGAUCAGUUGAGUGUCGUCUAUAAAAAGGAAGCCCCUGAAUACCUCAUGCCACCUGAAGCGCACAGAACCUCGCGGCGUACAUCUCUCCAGAGCACCACCCAGACUUCCAAUGACCGCCCCAAAGUCACCUGGAACCAAUCAGACUUAACACCUUUGGACCUUCAGGCCCCAGAGUCAUUGGAGUUCUGGACGGAUGAGAUUUACACGCCUGCCUCGGACACGCUCCUGCGGCGUUCACAUUCUUACAGCCGCUGCAACAGAAACCAGGCCUACCGCAUCGCCGCCCUCAGCAUCACUGCCACUAUCAUCCUCAUUCUCAUCAUCGUCAUUCCAGUCAGCACUGUGUAAUGUACUUACAGUCACAUGAUAUAAACACACUGAUCAGCUUCAUUUUUUAAAGGCCAAAACAUAAUCGGCGCAUGUACGCGAAUGCACACCCUUCCAGCUACGCAAGGUUGACUGUUAAACUCACUGCAACACAAGAAUGAACAUGUUCAAACCAUGCGUGAGUCAGAACUUUCGUGUGUCCUACUUGCGUUAAGUGUUUUUUUAAUCCAAUACAUGAAAAUGGCACGUAAAAUGUUAAGAAUGUCAAGCAUGAUUUUGUAAUCAACAAGCAUGGCGGAUCGGCCCCACAUGCUGAAUAAUAUUUUGCUUUUCAAAACAAAU